GUUUUAUCAAUAUUUUGAUAAAAUUUUCAUCCUUAGUCUUAUCUCUUAAUUCUCUACUUAAAACUUGUAUGCCAAUCAGUUGCAAGCUGCAAUCGUUCAAGUUCAAUACUUCCAUCAAAAUGCGGACUGAUUUGAUUUUUGUUUGUGGUAGUGGUCAUUCUGCAAUGGGAUCUGUUUGGAAGAGAUUACAGAGGGUGAAUAAAAGAGCUGCAAAGUUUCAAUUUACUGUUUCGUAUCAUCAACUACAAGUGGAAUUUACCCCAAGGUGGGAACCCCACAAACUAUCCAUAGCAUGGACACGAAGAUCCAGAAGGGUUACUUCAACGCCCAUGGCGUGGGAACCAACAUUACAGAGCACCUACAAAGGUACGGUUGUUUGGAAUGUACCUGAAAACCACCAGAUAUCUGUAACUCUCUUCAAGGAUCCAAGGACGAAUGAGCUUGAAGAUAAAGAUUGGUCGUUUGUUCUGGAAGAUGUUCCAACAACAGGAAAAAGAAGACAGCUAGCGAUAGCUCAUAUAAACAUGAGGAAGCAUGCAAGUGUUGAAUCGACACAAAGUGAUCUACAUGUGAUUCUCAAACCAACAACAAAGAAAAUCAAAGGUGCAAAACUUGAUUGCACUCUGUCAUGUGUUCUGUUAAGGGAAGGAAAAGCAACAGAUGAAGAUAUGCAAUCCAUGGCUUCCUUGAUGUCAGUCAGUAAUAAUAAUGACGACAUUGCUCAUAUUGAAGACUUAGAUGAUGAAGAUUUCUCCUGCAACGAUAACUCUGUUAAAAGUACAAUGAACGAGGUUACUCAGCACCUUCAACAAAUGACAAAUAGUUUAUCUGGUUCUGAUUUUGCCAGUACCCCAAUGAGCAUUUCAAGUAUGCAGUCAUUCCCUCGUGAUGAUAAAACUCCAACUGCCGAAACGUUUUCGCCACUUGGCGAAAAACUUAGUGAUAAAUUUUCCUCUAAGACCCCGGCACCCAAAACCACCGACUUUACACAAAACGAGGUCGAUACUUACUCGGAGCAGUGCACUCAAGUACUGGACAAUUUGGAUACUUUGGAAGAGGAAGAAAGUAACGAUGACGUUUUUGAAAUACCUAGUUCCUCGAUAGUGAAAGACAAAAAUGAUGAGAAGAAAGAUAUUAUUAAACUAAAACCUCUCGAAUUGAAAGAACAACAUUUGGAAGCAAAGAAGGAACAGCAAAAAUUGACUACACCAGGGCAAGAUCUUUUGGAAUGGUGUAAAGAAAUGACGAAAGAAUACCCUGGAGUGAAAGUUACCAAUCUCACUACAAGCUGGAGAAAUGGAAUGGCAUUCUGUGCUCUUAUCCAUCACUUUGAACCAGAUUUAAUAGAUCUCGAAUCUUUGACCCCUCAUGAUGUGAAGGGUAAUUGUAAGAAAGCUUUCGACGCUGGAGAUAAACUGGGCAUUCCAAGAGUUAUAGAACCAUCCGAUAUGCACAUGUUAGCAGUUCCAGAUAAACUAGCUGUUAUGACUUACCUGCACCAACUUAGAGCUCACUUUACUGGUCAACAAAUGGAGGUUCAUCAAAUAGGAAAGACAGCAGAAGAAAGUAACUACAUUAUUGGCAAAUUUAGUACUGAUAGAGACACAGAUAUAACAAAACAGGUGUUUGGCCAAGAGAUAAUCAAUUUACGUAAAAGCAAACAACAACAAUUGUUGCAGUCGAAUAGAUCAUCUGUCGAAAGAGACUCAGAUUCUUCUUCCACAACAAAAGAACCUGAAACCAAGCUUUCUGCCUCCAAGCUACAACUACCUUUGAAAAACACCAAUACCCCUUCUGAACAGUCUAAAAAUGAUCCAUCAAAAAUUGAGACAGAGGCUAAAAAUAACAUUAAUACUCAAUUCAGUCAAUCAUCCUCGAAUGAAACAGAUACAAAAGAUAGUAAAGAGCUGGAAAAUGCGGGUAAGCAGGAUGAAAAAACUGAAAAAAAACCUAUGCUGAUGACUCGUCGUGAACUAACUGAUCCAUUUGGUUCUGAUGAUGAAGAUGAACCUGAAACGACCACUAAUAAAAGUUGUGAAAUAAAUGGGACAAGCGAAUCGACCGUGACUAAUACUAACAUAAAUGGUAAUAAUGGUGAUGAAAGCCCUAAGGAAGAAUUUUCGAAUAUGCCAAAGGUCAAUCCUGUUUGGCUUGCAAUUAAAAGUUUUUUCGCGCGUGUGCAGAAAAUUCUCUUGAGGUAUUCAGAACAGCAAGAGAGGGCGAAGCAAUUAUUGGAACAGGCCAGAAAAGAUGGAAAAACAUCCAAUCAAUCUAUCAAGAAUGAGGAACAACGGCAGGCGGAGCUAAAGGAGCGUGCAAGAAAACUACUUGAGUCGACAAGAAGAUCUUCAACGCCAACCACACAAAUAAUAAAAGUGGAUACAAAUGGUUUGAACUACAAUGAUGAAGAAAGGUGUGAUGAGAAACAGAAUGGGUCUCUUGAGUGUGAUAUUAUUAGCGAAAAUGAUGAUUUUCAAAAGUUCAAUUCGAAAUCUUUAGAUAAUUACAAUGAAAAAUCUUGUCCGCCAUUAGAGAGAAUUAGUCCCGAUGAAUUACCAAACGACUUAGGAUUGAAAGAGAUGGGUAUUGAUGUACACAACUAUAUAGAUAAUGAAAUGGAAGAUUUAGAGAGAGAACAAUGUGCCAUAGACAAACAAGCUGCUAUUUUGGAAAAAGCUUUGCGAUCAGUAAUGGAAUCGCCCAAUAGUAAUAUUGAGGAGGAAGAAGCUCUCAUGGCAAAAUGGUUUAUGUUAGUGAACAAAAAAAAUGCUUUACUCAGGCGCCAAAUGCAGUUGAACAUAUUGGAAAAACAAGCAGAUUUAGAGACAAGGUACAAAAUUCUAAAUGAAGAGCUUCAAAAAAUAAAUUCAAUAGAGGAUUGGAGGAAAACAGAGGAACAAAGAGAUAGAGAACAAAUGCUUCUGAAAGAAUUACUACAGAUUGUUAAUAAACGUGAUGAGUUAGUGAAUCAUUUAGACCGACAAGAAAAAGCUAUUGAGGAAGAUGAUCUUAUCGAGCAAGAUUUGUCCCAAUUGGAACUACAACCAAAGGAAAAAUGUGUUAUACAGUAAUAAAAAAUAGUCAAGGUCAAAAAAGGGAUGGUGUACUUGGAGGAUGAAGGCAGAAACAUAGUAGAUUUUAUAUGAGGAGCAAGUAAAUAAAAAAGGUACUAACAGGAUAAUGACGAAACUAACUCAAGGUAAUGAAACUGUCAUAAUUAUUUAUUUGUUUUCAUUUUACAAUUUUUGUUUUCAAUCUUAUGUAAUUUAUUAUUUUAAAUUGAUGAAUGAAAAAGACCUAGCUUUAAUUCAUUUAUAGGAACCAAUUCUAAACAUUGUAUAGACUUCUUAUUUAUCAACCUUAAAAUUUAAGAUUAACAAUCCCUAUUUCAUGGUAGAUUCAUUGCUUAACUACAUACCAAAUUAAUUUUUGUGGCUCUUUAUUUUCUAUUUCUAUCCUUCAUUAUGUGCAAUACUGUACCAUUUAUUAAAUCUACACGAAAAUAGGAAUCAACUCUGAUAGAUCCUUCAGUAUGUCCAUUAUAGGAAAUAUUUCUGAAUCUUUUGAAAACAUAACUAUUGGGUUACAUGUUCAUAUGAAGAAUGGUCGAAUUUUUAGUGAAAUCUAUCGCUUGCAAUGCUUCUUUUUUUUUUCAAGAAAAUCAGAGUAUGAUACAAGGAUCAAUCAGAGUCUGCAAAUUCCAUCAUAUGGAAUUUUAGAUACUCCAGAAUGAAUUAUGCUGAGCAUUGAAAAAUAGUCCGCAAGUCUUGUUAUCACAUCAUCUUCAAGUGUUGCCUUUCUUCACUUCACUCACGGGAAUGUGAUAUUAAGAUAUGAAAGAGACCUUUUUCUGUUCAGCACUACACAACACUGACAAUCAAUUUUAAUAAAAGACGAAUUUACUCAACUGUUGUUAGUGUUUGAAAUUUUGAAUGUCUGCCAUAUUUUCUUGAUUAUCACUAUCUGAUGAUAAACAUUUUGAAAGUGGUUGUGAACCGAUUGAAAACAAAUGUUAUAGAUAGGUUAAAGUGUAGAGAUGAGAUUCAGAUAGUGAGGAUUAAUAUAUCGAGAUAUAAAUAUGGUGAACCAACAUCGAGUUGGUAAUAAUAUUGUAAAAAUUAUUUCAAACAGUGAAACUAGUCAUUUAUUGAACUCCUGUAUCUCUGAAUCCCUGAAUUUCAAUGUUUCAUAUAACUGAUAAGUAAUAAUGUGGUAAUUGGAAACAAUGAUUUUCAAGCAAUUGCUUCUGUGGUUGUAUUGUUUAUAUUUUUUUGUAAUUCAUGUAUAAAAUAAUUAGGCUUCCUGUAAAUAAAAAAAUUAAUUCAA